AUGGUCAGAAGCCUUCUUCUGGCGUUCCUGUUGGCGGCAGGAUCGGCCAUCUUGAUCAAGGGUGUCGAUUUCACCAAGCUCCCGCUACCAUGCCUGCUCCCCAUCGUCGACGUCGACCCUGCCAAGUACCCGGUGCCGGCUCCAUGGACCGGCGAGUUUGCCAAGAACACGAGGCUGCGGCAGUCCAAGCGCUUGUUUGAGGGCCAGAUCAAGGGAUCAGAGUCGAUCGCUGUAUCCAGGAACGGCACGGUCUACCUGCUGGACGGCAGCGGCUACCUCAAGGUCGCACAUGGGAGCACGCGGCAACCCCUGGAUAUCACAAUCGACGCCCAGCCCCAGGCCUACCUGGGUCCUGGGCGCCCGCUGGGGUUCCACCUGGACGGCGACGAUGACCUGUACAUCUGCAACAGCCUCCUGGGCCUGACGCGGCUGCCAGAUGGCGCCCGGGCCCAGCAGCUCCUGGCCAACAGCGUGCCGGGCGCCGCACCCGGUUCCUUCUCCCCCAUUGCCUACGCCGACGACCUGGACAUCCUCCUCGGCGGCGACGUGGUGUUCUCCGACGCCUCGGCCAUCCCACCCGCGCUUGGGCGGGCCGGACGCUAUGACACCAUGCGCUCCUACGUGCUCACCGUGCUGCAGGGCGCGCCCAGCGGGCGUCUGCUGCGCUGGCACGCCGGGUCGGGGGAGACCAGUACGCUGGCAGACGGCCUCUGGUUCCCCAACGGCGUGGCCCUGGCGGCGGACGGCAGCUUCGUUGUGGUGGCGGAGACGGUCACGGCCCGCAUCCUGAAGCACUGGCUGGCGGGGCCCAAGGCCGGCACCACUGAGAUCCUGGUGCACAGCUUGCCCGGGUAUCCAGACGGUGUGAGCCGGGCGCCCGACGGCAAUUUCUGGGUGGCCCUCAUCACCGAUCACCUCCCCGUCAUCAACUGGAGUGUGCGCUCGCGCUCUGUGCGCUGGGCCCUGGCUUGGCUCUCCCACUUCCUCCCCGUCCCCAUCAAGCACAUGGGCGCGGCCCUCAAGAUCUCCCCAGAAGGCAAGGUGCUGGAUCUGCUGGUGGACCCUGACGCCCACGUCAUUGGCAGCAUCACCUCGGUGGUGGAGCGCGAUGGCUGGCUGUACAUGGGCUCCUUGACCAACGAUUUUAUUGGUGUGCUGGAUCUCAGCAAGGCUUCCUGA